AUGGAUCUCUUCGUUGAUGAUAAUCAAACGGUGAUCAUCGCUGACUACGAAAACCAACGUAUCAUCCAAUGGCGCAUGAAUGAUACGAAUGGACAAAUUGUUGCUGGUGGCCAUGGCAGUGGAAAUCUAUUAGAACAAUUGACUAAUCCAGUCCAAGUGUUUUUAGAGAAAGAUAUCAAUAGUCUCAUCAUAUGUGAAUGGGGUAAUCGACGGGUCGUACGAUGGUCUCGUAGUAGUGCCACAACUCAAGGUGAACUCCUCAUCAAUAACGUCCAAUGUCGAGGAUUAACCAUGGAUGAUCAGAGAAAUUUGUACAUUUCUGAAUAUCAAAAACAUGAAGUAAGACGAUACCAAGUAGAACAGAAGACUUUGACCGUUGUGGCUGGUGGCAAUGGCCCCGGUGCUGGUCUCAAUCAACUGAACUCGCCGAGAUAUCUCUUUGUCGAUCGACAACAAAGUAUAUAUGUGUCAGACACUGACAAUGAUCGUGUAAUGAAAUGGAGUAAAGGUGCAAAAGAAGGAAUUGUCGUCGCUGGAGGAAAAGGCCAAGGAGCUUCUCUGACGCAAUUGUCACGUCCUCGGGGACUGUUCAUCGAUACAUAUGGUACCGUCUAUGUUGUAGAUUCGCUCAAUCAUCGUGUGGUGCGUUGGGUUCAAGGUGCGAAACAAGGCACUGUCAUUGUGGGUGGGAAUGGUACAGGAGAAGGAGCAAAUCAGUUGAGUUAUCCCGAAGGUCUGUCCUUCGAUCAUCAUGGCAAUCUCUAUGUUGCGGAUCAAUUCAAUCAUCGUGUUCAACUCUUCACAAUCGAAUGA